CUUUCUUUUGUUUUGAUCACCAUCUUUGUACGGGGCGGUGGUGAGGUGGAAAAGCGCCGAAAUAAAAAAAAAUCUACUGCCCGGAAAACAAGUGGCCAUAUAAAAUGCACGGUUGAAUGUGGCCGGACCAUCAUUUGCUUGCGGAUCGAUUGACCGAUCGGGGGUUGUGCAGCGCUCUCUCUCUCUGUCUCAGUGUUUUCCAAGUGGUGGGAUUUCUACCAUGAAGUUAUUCUUAGUACUGUCGAUGGCUUUGGCCAUAGCCGUUGGAGCGGCCAUCGAAAAGCCUGCUGAGAAGGUGGAAGCGGACAAGGAUUCGGAAAAGACGGAGUCCAAAGUGGAAGAAAGUGACGCCAAAGUGCAGGAGAAGCGUGGCCUGUUUGAUUUCGGAUAUGGAGCCGAACCGGAGUUGCACGGUGGGUUCAAGCCGUCGUUUGGAGUUGAUUCCGGCAGUGUGGCGUCGAGUCGCCAUUAUGAUGACUAUAUCCACGAGGAUCACCAAACGGUGAUCCACAAGGAGGUGAAAGUGCCGUAUCCGGUUGAGGUGGAAAAGCACGUGUACGUCGAGAAGAAGGUCCCAGUUCAUAUCGACCGACCCGUGCCUUACCCGGUGACCGUGGAGAAGAAGGUUCCAGUUUACAUCGAAAAGCAUGUUCCAUAUCCGGUGGAUCGCCCCGUGCCAUAUCCAGUGAAGGUUCCAUAUCCGGUCCAUGUUGAGAAGAAGGUCCCAGUGUACGUUGAGAAGGAGGUUCACGUUGACCGCCCGGUCCCGUAUCCGGUCCACGUGGAGAAAGAAGUCCCAGUUUACAUCGAGAAGAAGGUCCCCGUGAUAGUCGAGAAGAAAGUUCCGGUCCGCGUUGAGGUUCCCGUUCCGGUAGUUCAUAGAGUCGAGGUUCCCGUUGACAAGCCGUACCCCGUCCACGUUCCGAAGCCAUACCCCGUGUACAUCGAGAAGGAGGUCAUCAAGCACGUCGAUCGCCCAGUGCCAGUAGAAGUUGAGAAACCGGUUCAUGUCCCGGUGUACCACAAGGUCGAAGUCCAGAAGCCGUACCCAGUGUACGUCGAAAAACCAGUUUAUGAGGACAAGGAGAGUGAAGAGUAUCAGCACCGUUACGAGCAGUACAAGCAUCACCAACAUCAGCAGGAAGAGCAGUACCAGCAUCACCAACAUCAACAGGACGAACAGCACCACGUGGGUCCCAGCUAUAUCCGCGAUCCGAUCCACGUGGUCGAUGAACGGUCUCAUCAGGCAAGCCACGAAAGCCAGGAGCAUCAUCCCGACCAGCAGGAGUACGCUGAAUCGUCCAAGAAGGAGGUGAAAAGCGUGGUGCCAGCUGCCAAACCGGCCGACGACAAGCCAAAACACCAGGAGCAGCACCAUCACAUCCCGUCCCAUCGUGCCAACAACGAUCAGGAGGAUUUGAACAAUCUUGAGUAUCCAGACGAGGUGGAGAAUAUGAACGAUCUAUGGCGCAACAUGAAAAAGCUGCUGUUCCACUCAAAUUCGCGUUUGGAAUCCAAAAUCGAUGCGUGCAAAACGAGUAUCGACGAUCUUGAGGAUGAGUUUGUCGCUCUGAGAAAGGAAUGCGGAGAACAAAUGGACACCAUGAAUCGCCAGGUGAUUGCCGUCGAGUUCGGGCUGCAACAAACUGCCGAGGAAGUCGCUAGGCUGGAACGGGCGUCGGAGUUGAUCAUUUCCGGGAUACCUUAUCAACUGACUGAGGAUCUUGUUCACUUCUUUCGGAACAUCGCCACGGUGCUCGGUUACGCCCAUGCUCCGAUUGUUGACGUGCAGCGUCUGGCUAAGCUGCCGAUCGUAGCUGGAUCAGCACCACCAAUUCUUUGUCAGUUUGCCCUCCGUAACGUGCGAAACGACUUUUACCGGCGCUAUUUGACGAAUCGGAGCCUGUCGCUGCGGCAUAUCGGUUUCGAUGCUGACAAAAGAAUUUUCAUCAACGAAAACCUUACGAAACUGGCCAGGGAAAUUCGUAGUGAAGCACUGAAGAUGAAGAAAGCUGGAGUUUUCACCCAGGUGUUCACCAGGAAUGGCGCGGUCUACGUGAAGCGCCAAGGCCAGUCUUCGCCAGUUUUCGUCGUUCUGUCUGUGGCGGUGGCCCUCGUUGCCGGUGCGGCUAUUGACUCCGAAAGUAAAAAGAUCGAGAAGCGUGGCCUGUACGAGCUGGAGGACCAUGAUGACAUUGUUGACUUUGAUGACCACCACGUGGGCAAGGAGGUGACCAUCACCAAGAAAGUGCCCGUUUACAUCGAGAAGAAGGUUCCCGUGUAUGUCGAGAAGAAGGUCCACGUGCCGGUUGAUCGGCCAGUGUACGUGCCGUACAAGGUUCCAGUGGAAGUUCCCGUAGUGCACAAGGAGUACGUUGAAGUCCCGAAGCCAUACGCGGUGCACGUAGCCAAGCCGUACCCGGUCGUCGUGAAGAAACAUAUCUACGUCGAGAAACCAGUAGGAUUGUCGGUGCACAUUAAGCAUCGCAAGCAUUAACGUGUGAUUUAGUAAAUUUAAUUAAUAUAAAUGUGAUUCUAGUGAUGUGACUGAGCCUUUGAGAGACUAUGAAUUAUGAGAGUUUGACUGUUGUAUGAAUCGAAUAAAGUAUAUCAUGUGGAAUGUCUGUAUUAUGUAAA